GCGAUUCUUCCUCCAGCCCUGCGGGGUGGCCUCCUCAUUAGCUUGGGGCAGAGGGCCUGAGCUAGGCCCUUGAGGGAGGGGCGAGCAUGGAGGAGGGGAAACAGUCUGGCAUGGAGGGGCUGCGUGGGUCCCCCUGACAGGCCCAAGCCAGCCUGCCUCCUGGGGCUCGUGAAGAUGCGGUGGCCCCAGGACUGGACGGCAGCUGGGCCCAGGUGGCAGGAUGCCUGCCCCCUCCCCUCCGGUCCUGGCUGCCCCCACGCUCCCCUCCUGGCCCAGGCCAAGACCCAACACCUGCUCUCACACGCGGGCUUGCCAGGCCUGGCCCUGCUCCCUGCAGACGUGGCCGGUCCUGGGGACACACAGGCACCCAAUCACCCACUUCCGGGGGCUCAAGCCCAGCACACCCCACUAGUACACCACUCCUGUACUGGCAGCCGCUUUCCCCACGCCUGCAGAGAGACCCGCACUCGGCCCUGGCCCACCACCUCUCUGGGCCAGCUCCCCGCUGGGCACCAUGAAUAAUUCACUCCUUUCUCUCGGGGCAUCAAAUAUUUAUCCCCCGAGAUUCCCAGCCCGCGGUGCUCUUGGGGGAAGGCCCGGCCCUGGCCCCGCCUUCUCCGUCGCCCCACCCUCUGCGAGCCUGGGCCACCUUGAACCCCUGGCUCACUCUAGGCGCCUGGAGUGGCUCCGGGCUGCGGGUCUCGGGUGUCCUGGAGUCGGAGAAGUCAUCUCAGGCCGUGGAGUCCCUCUGGGGUGCCUCGGGGGGAGCUCAACCAGGCCGGCCGCCUCCCCCGCCUGCAGCUGCUGUCUGCCGACUGUCGGCCUGAGUUUGCGAUGGCUCCUCACCCCUCCCCGCGUGUCGUCCCGCAGGGGUGACCCGGACAAGUGCGACAUCUGGGGCAACACGCCCCUGCACUUGGCGGCCUCCAAUGGCCACCUGCACUGCCUCUCCUUCCUGGUGUCCUUCGGGGCCAACAUCUGGUGCCUGGACAACGACUACCACACGCCGCUGGACAUGGCCGCCAUGAAGGGCCACAUGGAGUGCGUGCGCUACCUGGACUCCAUCGCGGCCAAGCAGAGCGGCCUCAGCCCCAAGCUGGUGGGCAAGCUGAAGGACAAGGCCUUCCGUGAGGCGGAGCGGCGCAUCCGCGAGUGCGCCAAGCUGCAGCGCAAGCACCACGAGCGCAUGGAGCGGCGCUACCGGCGCGAGCUGGCCGAGCGCUCCGACUCGCUCAGCUUCUCCAGCCUCACGUCCAGCACCCUGAGCGGCCGGCUGCAGCAUCUGGCGCUCGCCGGCCACCUGCCGUACUCGCAGGCCACCCUGCACGGCACCGCCAAGGCGGGCAAGACCAAGAUCCAGCGGAAGCUGGAGCGGCGCAAGCAGGGCGGUGAGGGCACCUUCAAGAUCUCCGAGGAUGGACGCAAAAGCGUGCGCUCGCUCUCUGGCCUGCAGCUGGGCAGCGACGUGAUGUUCGUGCGCCAGGGCACCUACGCCAACCCCAAGGAGUGGGGCCGCGCCCCGCUCCGGGACAUGUUCCUCUCCGACGAGGACAGCGUCUCCCGUGCCACGCUGGCGGCCGAGCCUGCGCACUCGGAGGUCAGCACCGACUCCGGCCACGACUCCCUGUUUACCCGCCCCGGCCUGGGCACCAUGGUGUUCCGCAGGAACUACCUGAGCAGCGGGCUGCACGGCCUGGGCCGCGAGGACGCGGCACUAGACGGCGCGGGCCCGCCGCGGGGGCGGCUGCAGAGCUCCCCCAGCCUCGACGACGACAGCCUGGGCAGUGCCAACAGCCUGCAGGACCGCAGCUGCGGGGAGGAGCUGCCCUGGGACGAGCUGGACUUGGGCCUGGAUGAGGACCUGGAGCCCGAGACCAGCCCGCUGGAAACGUUCCUGGCCUCCCUACACAUGGAGGACUUCACCUCCCUCCUGCGGCAGGAGAAGAUAGACCUGGAGGCGCUCAUGCUCUGCUCGGACCUCGACCUCCGCAGCAUCAGCGUGCCCCUGGGGCCCCGCAAGAAGAUCCUGGGCGCCGUGCGGAGGCGGAGGCAGGCGCUGGAGCGCCCGCCGGCCCUGGAGGACACCGAGCUGUAACAGGGGGCUCCUCUCCCCAGACCAAAAUGAGUUGCAAGUUGCCACAACCCACAGGGGGACCACGAGGUCCUCACAGUUGCCAGCCCUGCAGCUCCCCGGCCCCUUCCCCGGAGCAAGGACUGUGUGGGUCAUCUCUCUUGAACUCCUGUCCACACUCUGCAGUGGAGGGUAUGGCCUGCAGGCACCUGGAAGGCCAAGAGAGUGACCCAGAACAUCAAUUCUGAGGGGUUUCAGGGUCCCUAAGCCACAUCUAUUUGAGUGGCUUUAAAAGACGUGCAUUUGUGGAAGGCCAUCCCCAGUGCCCUUUAGAGCUGCAUGGAAGUGUGUGUGGGGGGAUGGGGGCACCUAUCUCGGGGACCAUGGUCCAUCCUCACCCCUCCUCCGAGGGUCCUGUCAUCUUGCUCAGUCUGCAGACUCACCUGCUACCUUUUUGUGAAGGAAGGGUUUGGGCUGCCUCCCCUCCCCACAUACACCUCAGGGAGGCGGUUUCCAGCUAGACUCUUCAGCCAAAUGCCUGAGCUUAGUCCCCUGCCUGUCACUGAGCAUGGCUAGCCCCUGUCCUUCUACCGGCCAUGCUGGGGGUGGGGGGUUGGAGCGCCAGGCUGGGCUGGGGUGGGGUGACUGGUGCCCUUCUGGCAUAGCCCGGUGCGGGGUCCAGCCUGACUUGGCCCUCCCCACCCUGACCUUCUCCACUCACUCUAUCCUUGGAUGUGCAGCCUGGUUACCCAACCUGUUACCCCCUGCCUAAGACCCCAGAGGGUCAGGGCCAUAGAUCCAAGGUGCUAGAGCAACUGGCUGCAGUAUUAUGGCCCGGCGGGGAUGCUCUGCACUGGGCAAAGGCAUCUGCCAACUGGUUCAGAGUCCCCCAGGCCCAGGAGGGCAGAGACUGGUUGUAGCCAGGUGUCCAGCCAAGUGUGGGCAAGGCCUGCAAGGUGGACCCUGGGAGCCUGGGGAUGUGGAGAGUCUAAGCUCUGAUUGUCCCCAGACUCCCAGGGCUCUGUGUCAGGAGGUUGGUUGGUGGAUGUCGCUCAAGCUCUGGAAGCCGCUGGGGGCCUCUCUGGUUCUGCAUGGGUAGCAGGUGAGGGAGAGCUUAGCUAGAGUCCCUGACCUGUCAUGCUGGUGAGGUCGGUGGAAAGGCCAGCCUCGGAGGGUCCUCAGACCAGGUCCUGAGUGUGGGAGAGUCACUAAAGCCCACACACAGGGGGCACAUAUACCCCCAUGAGGAUGUGUCCUUGCUCUCUGUCGACAAUGGUCCCCCCGUCUCUGAUCUUCAGCUUGGGAUGCGGCUCCUACUGGGGGGGGGCAUUGCCACAGCCCCCAGCUGCUCCUUCCUGGGGCCCCUUGGCUGGGGCAGGGGUGAGAGAACCCCCACAGAACACCACAGGCCUCGCUGUGGUGUGUCUGUGUUUGAGGAUGGCCCCCAGGCACACACAUGCUCCAAGAUGGGAGUGUAAUGGAGAAGGCCCCUGUUCCUACACUGAAGGCUUGGCUGCCCUGAGCCCACCUCAGUCUUUCUGCCUGGUCUCUGGGUCUGCGGCCACCCUUAUGUGCCGAUGCAACUUUCCCGGAGUGCUGGGAGCUGCCUUCCUCUCCAGUUCCCUGUCCACGGAUGGCUUCAGCGUCCCCCCAGUCCUCCCAGUGCUGGGGUGGGGCAGGUUCCCCAAUUCCCAUCACUGUAUGAAGUGCCCC